GGAAACUAUAAAACAGGUUGGCUGGAACGGCUGGAGUGUCAGUGAUCUCAGUGAGGAGCUAAAGAAAACGUGGACUGGAAAGAGCUCCUAUAUACACAUCCCGCAAUGAGAAGAACUAAAAUGGAAGUUAUCGUCGUCGCCCUCUGGGCUUUGCUGCAAGUGACAUCUGCUUACAGCGUCACGGGCUAUAUUCCAGACCCUAAAUUUUUGCUACGGACAAAGCGCUCAGCACCAAGCUGUAACAAAGAGGUUAUUGAGAACCUCGCCAAAAAUGCAGCGCAGACUUGUUCCCAAGUUGAUGCCGUUGACAAAUACAUCGCCAGUGUCCAGGCAAAAGAAGCGCUGCCAGUACCCUCCUUUAAUGAUCGCCACGGCUUCAAGGGAAUUCUCAAUCAAUACAAUGUGGAUUUAGGCACGGCGAAGGACCACUGCCAACCCUGGAGGAGCGGGGACGACGUAGUGGGUUCGUUAAAGGAAACCGUUGUAGCUGCCCAGGGGUUCGAACCUAAGUUUAAUGAGGAACUUCUGAAAAAUCAAGCCACGGUUAAGAAUCUACUCGAAAAUCACGAGGACAUCGCCGCUUUUGAGGCUAAGAUUGCUUCUUUGCAAAAGGAAAUAGACGAAGCUAAGGCAGCUAUCCAGCUCACAGAGGCUUCAACUGUGACUACACAUUUAGAAAGUGUCAUUAAGAACAAAGAAGAAGAAACCAACGCCACAAUGACAGGGCACAACAUUGCUCAGGGAAGACGGGAACUAGCAGAACUAAUUAGUUACUUAGAAUUUGUCAAAACAGGAGCUAGUGAAGUCGAAACCAAGGCUACUGCUUCAAAUACCAAACUCACUCAGUUUAGAGAAAACAUCGUAAGAGAUUCCACUGCUUUUAACAGACAUCGUGCUAAUGCCCAGGAGGGAAUUACUAAACUACAGCAGGAAAAACAGAAUAACAACAAUGAAAUCAGUCAAAAUAGCCAAAGCAUUAACGACUUGAGAGCGAAGAUCACGGAAGAGAACAACCAGAUUGCUUCCCUCAAUGCUCAGAUCGAGAGCGCCAACCGGGAGAUCAGAGAGAUCGAGGACCGCAUCAACAGGAACCUGAGUAAGACCAAGAAGAGGAGGAGGUUCGGCAGCAUUUUCCGUUUUGUUCCUGUCGUCGGGUGGACCAUUGGCAAUCAGUUCUACAAGGAUGCCAAAGAGAGAGAAGAACGCCUGAAGAACGAGAAGACAAAUUUCGUCAACGAGAAUGCUCGCACUGUCCAGAACCUUCGAAAUCACAUAGCAACUCGCACUCAGGAUAUUGCCAAUCACGAGGGGCGGAUUGCAGCUCUUCAGGCAAAGUCUCACGAGCUCGAGCAAGAACUUACACACUUCGCCCAGCUUGAUGGAAAUCUUCAAAGUCUGGAGGCUGAGGUCAAUGCCAUUCUUCCGUCCCUUGCAAAUGCAGUCGCAGAAAUGGGGAAAAUGAAGAGCACAUUCGAAGCCAUUCAGCUGAGCCUAGGAAGUGCCAUUGGCAAGGCCAAAGAAGCCAAGACAGAAGCCGAGAUUCAGAAUAUGAGAUAUUUUAUCUAUAAUGAAAUUGAUGAUUUGAAAUGUGAAUGGGAGAGUGCUAGGGACAAGAUUGUCCUCGUAGGCCAGUGUAGUUAAUAUAUUAUUAAGUUGAAAUUUUAUGACUACCUAUUCGUCUGGAAGGGCUCUGGUACUGACCAUUUCUUAUGGGAUUUGUGUGUUUGGUUCUGAAUUUAGUUAGCAGGAUUGAAAGAAAUACUUUUACAGCGGAUGACUGAAUUGCCGAGGAGUGAAAUCUCAGUUACCACAGUUGCUUGUAGGAGGAGGUUUCCUUUUACUUAUAGCAAAUACUUGCCAUUAAGCCAGUAUCUUCAAUUGUAAACCAAUGAUAGCUUUGACAAGGGAGGUCACAACAACAUAGAUGUCUAAUAUGUCGACCUAUGGAGUGCUUGGGUUGCUUAUUUACAGAGAUCUUCUCUCUUUGUGUUAUUUUGGAUUGUACGCAACCUGGACCAGUCAAUAAUUCAAGUGUGUUUAUUCAGUAAUUACAAAGCGUGUUUUCUGUUAUCCACAUGGUUUCCUGAACCGUUGAGGUCUAUUUGAUAUUAAACAAAUUAAUGAGUUAUUAGGGUGAUUUGAUGUGCUAAUAGAAUUUAGGUUUGAAUGUUUAUGGUAAUUUCAAUUAGUUCUUGUGGGUAUUUUCAAAUACUCAGCCUCACAUACUCAUUACUUCUCUACAGCUCUCUGUCUCUAUUUGUUUUAUCAAAAACAUCUUUUGUUAUUGUCCACUCAUAUAUUUAUUUAUUUUCACCUUUGUGCAUGCAUUCAGUUCCCGAUUAAAGGUGCCAGUUGGUUUACAA